UGUUUAGAGUUUAAGGAAUUAGCCAAUAUUUACUGAGGAACUGGACUUUGAAGCUCAAGUGAAGCAUAUAAUCUGCUAACCUAACUCUCUCCUGAUGAAAACAGAGCUCUCACAGGAAGAUUUCUCUGCAUAUAAUGGCAUCCACUAAAAGCUUUCCCGGGGUGCUGAUACAAGAGAUUGGAGGACAUCGUGGUGUUAUGGAGGAACAUGUGGACUUUCUGAAGAUGCGAUUUUCCUUAAUUACUAUGAAAGAAUUCCAGGAGAACAAGGAGGAAUUGGCAGAAAAAAUAUUAUGUAUCUUUGUUUGGGGAGCCAAACCUGAAAUCGAUUACAAACUUCUUAAAAGCCUCCCUAAGCUUAAAGUUAUUGUAAAUUCAGGAGUAGGCGUUGACCACUUAGACCUACAGUUAAUUUCUAGCUUAGGGGUGAAGCUGGCCAACACGCCUGAUGCUGUUAGUAAUGCCACUGCUGAUACAGCAAUGAUGCUGCUCCUUGCAUCCGCCAGAAAUGUCCUACAGGGAUACCAGAUUGCGGUGUCUCCACAAACCGAGCAUUUCACACUUAACUGGGUUUCAGAGGAAGUCACAGGGGCCACUCUUGGCAUUAUCGGAAUGGGGCGGAUUGGAUAUAAGAUUGCCGAAAGGGCUAAAGCUUUUGAAAUGAAAAUUCUUUAUCACAACAGGAACCAGAGGCUGGAAGAGGAGAGGGCAGUGGGUGCCUCCUACUGUAAAAGUCUAGGUGAUUUGCUCCAGCAACCGGAUUUUGUUUUGCUGGCUGUCCCCUUAACCCAGGACACACAAAAACUUAUUGGAAAAAAAGAGCUUCAGCUAAUGAAACCUUCAGCAACCCUUAUAAACAUCAGCAGAGGAUUAGUUGUUGAUCAGAUGGCUUUGGUUGAAGCCUUACAAAAUGGAGACAUCAGAGCUGCAGCACUUGAUGUCACAUAUCCAGAACCAUUACCUAGAGACCACCAGCUGCUUAAACUGAGCAAUGUGAUUUUAACACCUCACAUAGGUAGUGCUACUCGCUCUACCCGGCGUAUUAUGAUGGAGACCAUGGUUCAAAGUAUGCUUGAUGCUGUUGCCGGUCGUCAGGUUUCUAAUGAGGUCAUUACCCAGUAAUUGAAAAGCUUCAGAUGCUACGUAAUGGCUAAUUUACUGAAGACAUUUGGGAUAAAUCAGUUCUUCAUUUGUUACUGUAAAACUAUCACUGAAUGUAAACCUAUGUCUUUACUUUCUUUUAAUCCAGUGUUCAAAAAUAUUAAACAACCCAUAUGUUCCAGUUAA